AUGAAUUAUCAUUUUUCAUCAGUGACUUCAACAAGUCUAAAUCGUUAUUUAUUUUAUAGAUCUUCUACAAACACAGUACUGUAUUGGUCUUCAUCUCAAUUUCAUAUUAGACUCAAAUUCACUACUCGAUCAAAUUGUACGACGACAAUAACAACAACAACAACAACUGCAUUAUUAUCGCGUCAUUUUUAUUCCACAUUUUCAAUUUUUCAACGACCAAUGUCAACUUCAAACAACAAAUUGUCCAAAGAAAUUUCACCACCACCACCACCACCUGGCCAAGAUUCUCAUAGUCAUGUACAUAGUCAUAGUCAUGAUUCAGAACAUUCACAUUCGCAUUCGCAUUCAGGAGCAAGUAUGCUUCAUCAUCACAAACAUUCAAUGCAUGAACCAAAUGAACUUUUAGCUGGAGGUGCUUCUGCAAUUAAAACUAAUCCAGCAGUGAGAAUUACUUGGAUUGGAUUGUUAGUCAAUGUCACAUUGGCGAUUUCUAAAGGUAUUGGUGGUGUUUAUUUCCAUUCUCAAGCACUUGUGGCGGAUGCAAUUCAUUCAGUAAGUGAUAUGCUUGCUGAUUUUUUAACUUUAGCUACUGUCAAUGUAGCUGCUAAAGUUGGUACAGCAACUAAAUUCCCUUUAGGUUAUGGUAAACUUGAAACCGUUGGUGCAUUUCUGGUGAGUGCUAUUUUAUUAUUUGCUGGUAUUUCCGUUGGAUGGUCGUCAUUAUUACAAAUUUUUGAAUUUGUCUUGCCAACUCAUCUUUAUGAAAUUGCCUCACAUAUUCAAAUUGGUCACGAUCAUUCUCAUGGUCAUGGUCAUGGUCCUGUCUCUGUCCAACCAGACACCCACUCUCAUUCUCAUGGUCAAAUUGAUCCAUCGAAUAUAACUACCCAUCGUGAAAUUCCUAACAUAAAUGCUGCCUGGUUGGCAGGUGGAUCAAUUAUUGCCAAAGAACUUUUGUAUCGUAAAACAAUGCAAAUUGCCGUACAAACCAACUCAAAAGUGUUAGUGGCAAAUGCAUGGCAUCAUAGAGUUGAUUCUUUGACUGCUGUUGUUGCUUUGUUUACUGUUGCUGGUGGGGUUUUAUUUAAUGUUGCUUGGUUGGAUUCAAUUGGUGGUAUUGGUGUUUCAAUAUUGAUUAUUAAAGCUGGUUGGGAUUCAUUAAAAGAAGCUUGGAAUGAAUUGAUUGAUCGUGGUGAAAAACCGGGAUCUGAAUUAUACAACAAAAUUGAAGGGAUCAUUAAUAAUGAAUUACAAAUGAAUAAUGAAUUGAAACAAUUUAAAUUAAAUCAAUUAUCAGUGUUGUCUUCUGGUGCUAAUACUAAUAUUCAUAUGAAUCUUUCAACUACAAAUAAAAAUUUAAAUUUACAAACAUUGAAUCAAUACGAAAAAAGAUUAUCAGAUUUAAUUAGACAAGAUGAUAGAUUUGUUAGAAACAUUUUUGUUAAAUUUGACCAAGUUGAAGAAGAACCAGAGAAAGUUGAAGCCAAAAAAGAAGAAGAUGAUGAUGAUGAUGAAAAGGAAGUAAAUGGUUCCAAUGAUGUACAUAGUCACAAACAUUAA